UAUUUUAUUAAAAAAAUCGAUUUUUAAUAAUCGUAUUUAAAAAAUUCAAUCCAUUUCCUAUCGAUUAAUCAAAGCAGAUACAAUCGAUUAAAAACAAUCGAUUGUUAAAAUUAAAAAAUCAAUUAUUAGAUCGAUUGAUUGUAGUCUUGCAACUUGCAACAGUGAAACACGUGCUUCUUUUCGGCUCUGAAUUAACCUCAAAGCUUUGUUUAAAUAUAUAGGUUGCUUGCUACGAUAAGUAAUAUUGUUUACAACCUCUAUGAAUUUAAUUGAACCCACACAAAUUUUAAUUUGAUCUGAAUAAGCACCUAGAAAAUUUAAUUGUUAAAUAUUUGUUUAUUUAAGAAAUUAAUUGUAAAAUGAUUAAAUCAAAUAGUAACGAAACUAAAUGGUACAGUGAAUUUCCAAAAGAAAGUAAACCUUGUAAACAUUCUCGUAGUGAUGUUGAAGUAAUAAAAUUAAAAGAAGACGCUAAAAAACAUUUGGAUGCAGAGACAGCUGGAUUUCAAAUGAAAAAAUCAACUGUAAGAGAUUCAGAGUAUAAUUGGUUAAAAACAGCAGCAUCAAGUGGUACAAAUGCUGAUAAAAUAGGAGCUAAUAUUCUUUUUAUUCAAGAAAAUCCAAAAUAUAAUCUCAGUCGAUUAAUUAAUCUUGUUUCACAAGUUAAAGGUUCUAGACAUAGUCACAGUAAUUUAUUGAUUACAUCUUUACGUGAUCUUUUUUUAUCUGAUUUACUUCAUCCUCAAUACAAGCUUUUAAAAUUUGAAGAACAAAAUUUAGAUAAAAUUGCAUCAUCAAAUCAAUCUACAAUAAUUAAUAGGGAUGGUCAAACUAAAAAAUUACUUGCUUACUGGUAUUUUGAAGAUCAAUUACGUGAACAAUAUGAAAAGUUUAUCACAUAUUUAUCAGCAGUAGCGUCAGAUACCAUUGAUACAAAUCGUGAAAAAGCAAUUUCUAUAAUGACUGAUUUAUUAAUCGGUAAUUCUGAACAAGAACAUCAACUUCUUUCAUUGUUAGUAAAUAAAAUAGGUGAUCCAAAGUCUAAAGUUGCUUCUAAAGUUAUUUUUUGUUUAAAUAAUCUUUUGUUGGAGCAUCCAAAUAUGAAAAUAAUUGUUCUAAGAGAAUUAGAAAAAUUAUUAUUCCGAAAAAAUAUAAAUCAUCAUGCUCAAUAUUAUGCAAUAAGUUUACUAACACAAUUUGUUUUAAGCCGUGAAGAUUCAGAGACAGCGACAAAUUUAAUAGAUGUAUAUUUUGCAUUUUUUAAAGCAUGCUUAAAAAAAGGUGAACCUGAUAGUAAAAUGAUGGCAGCUAUUUUAACUGGCGUUAAUCGGGCCUAUCAUUUUGCUAAUAAAGAAACAAUCAAAAUAAAUGAUCAUAUUGAUUCCGUUUAUAAAGUUGUUCAUGUUGGUUCAUUUAAUGUUUCUCUCAAUGCUCUUAGUUUGCUUUAUCAAAUUGUUGAAAAUGAUGUACAACAAGAACGUAGAUUUUAUACAGCAUUGUAUGGUAAAUUAUUAGAUCCACAAAUUGGUUCUGCUAAAAAAGGUGCUGUUUUUUUAAAUCUUUUAUUUAAAGCUAUGAAAAAUGAUAAAAGUGUAACACGACUUUAUACUUUUGUUAAAAGAGUAUUACAAAUUUGUUCAUAUUUUCCGGCUUGUAUGAUAUGUGCUACUUUGUACAUUAUAUUACAAAUUUUGCAAUCAAGAAAAGAUUUGAAACAGAUCUUAUUUAAAAGUACAGUUCCACUUAAAACUGAAGAUAAUGAAAAUGAAGAUAAAAAUAAUGAUGAUAAUGAAGAAGAAACUGAAGAAAAAAACAAAUCAACAGUUAAAAAUAAUGGAAAUAAAAAAACACAAGCUAAUAUUAUGUUACCUAAUGUCAUUUUUGAUUCUACGAGUACUGAUGAUACUAAUGAAAAAUCUAUAACAGAUAUUAAAAUUGAACAAGAUAAUACAUUAUUAUAUGAUCCAUUUUCUAUAAAUCCAUUAAAAUCAGGAGCAAUUAAAUCUCCAGUUGUUGAACUUAUUGCUCUUUCAAAUCAUUUUCAUCCAAGUGUUGCUUUAUUCGCUCGUAACAUUAUUGAAGGAAAAGUUAUAAAUUAUACGGGUGAUCCACUGGAAGAUUUAACCUUGAUAAGAUUUUUAGAUAGAUAUGUAUUCAAGAAUCCGAAAAAAUUAGAAGAAAAAAAAGUUAAAAGUAAUGAUCCACUUUCAGUAAGAGCUAAAUAUAUACCCAAAGGAAUACGUUCGGUUCCUGUUGAUAGCCAUGCAUAUUUAAAUGAAAAAGAAGAACGUAUUCCUGUUGAUGAAUUAUUUUUAUAUCGUUAUCUUAAUAAGAAAAAUGAAAUUAAAAAUAUUGUUAAGAAAGAAGAUGAUGAUAGUGAUAAUGAUAGUGUUAACAGCGAGGAAUUUAAUUACUUAUUGGAUAAACUUAAUGGUGAUAAAGAUUUUGAGGAAUUAGAUAUUGCUGGAGAUCUUGGAUCAUUUAAGAAAAAUAAAAAACGACCGAACGAUGAAAGUGAUGAUGACUCUGAUAAUGAACAAGAUGAUGAUGAUGAAAUUGUUGAUGAUUUUGAUGAAGAUGAAUCAAUGAAUGAUGAAGACUUUGAAAAUAUGAGUGACAUGGAUGUAGAUGAUGAUGAUGAUGCAAGUGACAUGGAAUUUAUCGAUGAUGAUGAUAAUGAUAAUAAUAGUGCUCUAAAACAAUCAGUACAAUCUGUUUUGAAGAAAAAUAAAAAUUUGAAAUACGAAAAGAAAAAAUUAAAAAACAAAAUUGAUGAUAAUGUAUUUAUGUCAGCAGAAAAAUUUGCUGAAAUACUUGAACAGCAAGGACGAUCUAAACAAAAAGAAGGUAGUUCAAAUGUAAUGAGUGAUGUUGAUGGGGCCAGUGUUAAACAAUUGGACUGGGAAAUAAAAAGAAAUAAAAAAAUUUCUGGCAAGUUUGGCGGUACAAAAAAAUCUAAAUUUACUAAAUCUGGCACCGUGUCUCGUAAAAAUGUAAAAAAAUUUAAAAAAAGAAAUUAAAUAAAUAAAAGUACUUUAUUUAAAGGCUGUUAUUACAUAUUUUAUUGAUUAAUGAAUUUAAACAAUAGUUUUAUUUAUUAAUAAACAUAAAAAAAAAUGAUUUUAUAAAAUUAAUACUACUCAACUUCUAAUAUUUUUAAUUAAAAAUUUGAAAACUCGAUUAUUAAUCUGUAAA